AUGGCGUCGACGUAUGCGUUGCCCGUCGCCCCUGCCUCGCACACACACAGCCAUGGCCGUUCAUCAUCACAAUACACGCCCGAAGCAUACGCAAACAACUCGAUGAAUGCAUCGUCGCCAGCCAAAGACCACGGCCACCGACACACCCGGUCCGACAUGAAUGGCAAUGGGCAGUUGCAUGGCGCUGUGCGCUCACCGUAUGCCGAGUAUAAUAGCCCUGCGCGCGAACAUGACCAUGGGCAUGAGAGAUCGGGCUCCAACGAUUCCACAUACACGCUGAAGCCCUUCCUGAAUGGAAGGCCAAAAGGGCGACAAAGAGGGGAAUCGGAUCUGGGUCGCUCACCGGCGAGGAAGGCACCCGCAGCCGGAGGAUAUGCCUUUUCGCCAGUGUCACCUAUACAAGAGUCUCCAGGGCAUCUGCCUCCGCCUCCAGUUUCUUCGUCGUGGCUAGAACUCCCCGAGGCCCUGACCGCGCUCCUCAUACCUCUACCGUAUAUCUUCGCCUCGUUGGCAUACCCUAGCCGCGUGGGACAGACAUCGAAGCUGCCCUCGACUCUAUCAGAGGCCGUGUCGGACAGCACACCCGCACUUGAACCCGCUACAGCAAUAAGCGACUUCCCACUACUACAUGCGCUCGCGCUCUCAUCAGCGACCUUGUUACUCGUUGGCGUGGCAGCCAAGGUCAACUCCAGUCUACAGCCACUCGACAGGCGGAAACAAGACAAGGGCACAUUCGACAUCAGCAAUGCGCCGAAACGCGUGGCAAGCAACAUGGUCGGCGUAUUACUGCCCUUUUAUGCGUCCCUACACCUAGGAGGAGCGAAAACGGCAUUGGUUAUAUUGGUGGCAGUCGCCGCUGGACUUGGUGCCUUUGACCAGAAACCAGGCAAGCACACACCUUGGGACGAUGUCCGGCGGACGUUGAGGACCAGAAAAGUCACAUGCGGGGGCCUUUUCUUAAGCAUGGCUACAGACGUGGUGACCUCUGCCAAUGUCACAGGCAGCCUGGUCGGCUAUAUGGCGCUUCUAGUGUCGCUCCUCCUGAUCCCUCCGCCUCUUCCCACAGCAGGCUGGUCAUUGAUGACCGGACCACAGAGCCAGGACUCAUACAUGACUCAAAAGCCGUCUCGCGCAUCGCUGCCGAAGCCUUCAUCAGCCUUGGUGAGCAACACCGAGAACCAGCUACUCACCAUCGUGUCUGGUCUUGUCCUUACUGUUACGACUAUUCUGUUUUCACUCGUUUCUUCUGCAACCCCCUCUUUGUCGCACCACAGCCUGGCAUUCUCAACUCUAUCAGUGGCAUCUACGACGGCGCUUGUAUUUCUAUCACUACCAGCAUCUUUACGGAGUCAAAAACAAGUCGGAUUUAGAUUGAGUGGCAUCUUCAUCUUCGCCUUGAGUUUCUUGGAACAUAACGGAGUUGGUCAUCUCAAGAUUGUAUUCCCUUGGGUUUGCGCUAUGAUGAUUGGAGCGGUCGGCUUUGACACUCGUUCACCCGUGCCACAUGCACACGAUCAUGGGCAUGCGGGUCACAAGCACUCGCAUGGUCAUGACCACGGGCAUAGUCACGGUCAUCACCUACAUGGAAAUCACUCCAGAAUCUCGGCGUUCCUCAUCGCCCGCACUACUCCGGGCUCCAUUAUACACAGUGUGUUGAUCGAGCGAGACUCGCGACGCAUUGCGUACUUUGGCGUACUCAAUCUUUCCUUCAUGAUGGUCCAGUUCUUCUACGGCUUUGUCAGUGGGUCACUGGGAUUGCUUACGGAUAGUAUCCACAUGCUCUUCGACUGCGCUGGUCUCGCUGUGGGACUUGUAGCGGCAGUGAUGAGUAAAUGGCGCCCCAACGCUCGCUUUCCAUAUGGCUAUGGCAAGGUCGAUACACUGUCUGGUUUUGCAAAUGGCGUCUUUCUUUUGCUCGUCAGUGUAGAGAUCAUCUUCGAUGCCUUCGAACGCCUCUGGGAAGGUCACGAGCUCCAGCGUCUAAACGAGCUUCUGAUUGUCAGUAUCCUUGGUUUCAUCGUUAAUAUCGUCGGCCUUGUAGCCUUCGGCCACGCGCAUCACGGCCAUGGUCAUGACCACGGACACGAAGGACACGAUCAUGGACAUGGACAUUCUCACGACAACGAAAACAUGCAGGGUAUCUUUCUGCACAUCCUCGCCGACGCACUCGGCUCUGUUGCAGUCAUCAUUUCAACCCUUCUUACAAAGUACUAUGGUUGGUCUGGUUGGGACCCCAUCGCAUCCAGCAUCAUCGCAAUCUUGAUCUUCCUGUCAGCCAUUCCGCUUGUCAAGUCGAGUGGCGCAAGACUUAUGCUGAGUCUGCCAAACGAUGUUGAGUACGGCAUCAGAAAUACUCUUGGAGAGUUGGGUACAUUGAGAGGCGUGGUUGGAUACGCAGUGCCCAAGUUCUGGCUCGAAGAUGAGGGCGCUGCUCAUGCGGAAGCACAUGCUCACGAACAUGCGAAAGAGGACUAUGACUGUGGAAGUGGACACAAACAUGAUGACCAUCCACACGAUCACCACGAACAUGACCACUCCCACUCUCACUCCCACGAUCAUGGCCACGGCCACGGCCACAGUCACUCGCAUAAUCACUCUCACGACCACGGACAUUCGUAUUCACACUCCCAUGACCAUCACGACCACGACCACGAUCAUGCGCCUAAACAACGUCGCAUUCUCGGCGCAAUUCACAUCAUUGCUUCCCGCGCGGCAGAUCUGGAAGACGUACGGGACCGUUCAGAUCAAUUCCUGAAGGAUCGGAACAUGGAUCUAGUGAUUCAUGUGGAGAGGGAAGGCGAGGGCCGCUGUUGCGCAUUCUUGGAUGCGACACCUAUCACAACUCCCAGACUUGCGACCCUUUAUCAUGUAUACGAGACCCGUUCGGCGCUAGCCUUCUUCAUGUCACUAUUACGCUCCUCUCUAUCCUCGCAGCUUAAGAACUUCACACGCCUCUCCACCCAGACGCGCACAAUCCCCCGAUCGCACUUCCACACCUCACGGCCGUUACUGCGCAUACUUCCAGAAAUGUCGGACCAAGAACCCACCGGAUUGAAGGCAGACAAGGGCAUUGAGCUGCUCACUUUUGGCACGCCCAACGGAUGGAAGGCUAGCAUUCUGCUAGAGGAGCUCAAGGAUGCCUAUGGCAAAGACUACACAUGGCAGUCCAUCAACAUCAGCAAGAACACACAGAAAGAGCCUUGGUUCACCAAGCUCGGCCCCAAUGACCGGAUUCCUGUAAUUGUCGACCACGACCAGGGUGGCUUCGCUGUCCAGGAGGGUCUCGCAAUUCUUGCAUACCUGACGCGCCACUACGACCCCGAGCACAAGUUCAGCUUCUCCGAUCCUCUCGAUAUCUCGCGCGCAGAGCAAUGGAUGGCCUGGCAACACGGUGGCCUGGGCCCGAUGCAAGGCCAGGCCAAUCACUUCAACCGUUUCGCAAAGGAGCGCAUCGCCUACGGCAUGCAGCGUUACACAGGCGAGACUGAACGUCUUGCCGGCGUGCUUGACACGGCUCUGGCCAAGUCCGACUACCUCGUAGGCAACAAGUUCAGCAUUGCGGACAUUGCCAGCUUUGGUUGGGUCCAUAUGCUUCGCAUCUCUGGUGUAGACCUGGAGUCAUUCCCCAACCUGAAGAAGUGGUGGGAGCGCAUACUUGCACGGCCUGCAGUUCAGCGCGGCUUGGAGAUUCCGAGCAAGAGCGGAUUCGGAAACGACACCUACAUACAGAAGAUGAAGGACGACGCUGAGUUUGCGGAGAAGGAGCACAAGCUUGCGGAGCAGAUCAAGGCUGCCAAGGAGCAAUAUGGCUACAAGUAUUCCAGCCCCUGA